AUGGACCCUCAAGUAGACACUCCGCUCGAAGCCGACUACGUGAUCGUCGGAGGGGGAACGUCCGGUCUCGUUCUCGCUGCUCGACUGUCCGAGGGCGACUCGGCCCGCUCUGUGAUCGUCCUGGAGGCAGGGAAGAACCUAGUCGAGGACCCCCGAGUUCAGACCCCGGCCCUCUGGACCACCCUGAUGGGGUCCGAAGCAGAUUGGCAGUAUCAGUCCACGCCUCAGCCUGCUCUCGGGAAUCGAGUCAUCAAAGAGCCUCAGGGCAAGCUGCUAGGUGGCUCAUCCGGGAUCAACGGUCAGGCAUUUAUCGCGCCCACCAAGGCGGGAAUCGAUGGCUGGGAGAAACUGGGUGCAACGGGUUGGGACUGGGCGACUCUCUCCCCGUACUACCGCAAGGCCUUCACCCUGCAGCUGCCAGACGGAAACACCCGGGACCAUAUCGGCACCAGCUGGGUUGACCCCGAGGUCAACGGAACGUCGGGCCCGAUCAAGGUCUCCUUCCCAGCCGUACGACAAGACCCGCUGUCCAAGGCGUGGGUGGACACGUUUCGAGCAAUGGGCUACGGCAUCACCGGCGAUCCUUUCUCAGGGGUCUCAACCGGCGGUUACUCCAACCUGGCCGCUGUCGAUGCAGAAACCAAGACCCGCAGUUAUGCAGCCACGGGCUAUGGCGUGCCCUCCAGCCAGCGUCCGAGCGUGCGCAUCCUCACCAACGCGAUCGCCCGUCGCAUUCGUCUGGAGUCGGGAGAGAAAGGGGUUACCGCCACGGGAGUGGACGCAGACAUUGAAGGACAAGCUACAGUCGUCAAGGCGAAAAAGGAGGUGAUUCUGACUGCCGGGGCCCUCAACACUCCAAGGCUGCUCGAACUGUCCGGCAUCGGAGGUCAAGCCAUUCUCGACAAGUUCAACAUUCCGGUUGUGAUCGACAACCCCAGCGUCGGCGAGAAUCUCCAGGACCAUCUCAUGAGUGGGAUCAGCUUCGAGGUGAAGCCCGGGGUGGUCACCGGUGAUCCGCUUCUGCGGCAGGAGCCCGACGCGAUCCAGACUGCAUUGCAACUGUAUGCCGAGCACAAAGCCGGGCCCAUGACCGUGGGCGGCGUGCAAUCCUGCGCCUACAUGCCUAUCAUCGAGUUUCAUGGCCACCAGGAAGCGAAGCGGGCGCAUCUCGAGACCUUCCCCGGUGACCCCGAUGCUCGCCACGAAGUGAUCCGAGACAUCUACGGGGGAAUGGAUGCGCCCACCUGCUCGAUGUUCAUGUUCCUGGCGCAGGCCAACCUCCACCAGGACGGCAAGAGCUUCGUCGGCCAAGAGCUUCUGCCGGGCAAUUACCUCAGCCUGGGCCUCUCCCAGAGUCUGCCCUUCUCCCGGGGAGCGGUGCAUAUCGCCUCGGCGGACCCGGACGCGCCCCCGACCAUCGAUCCUCGUUAUUUCUCGAACCCGCUCGAUCUGGACAUCAUGGCCCGGAACCUGCUGGACGUGGAGCGCCUCCACGGUCGGAGGCCGCUCGCGGAUUAUCUGGCUGCCGAUGGCCGCCGCAAUCACCCGGACGCCAUUCUCACGGACCUCGACUCCGCCAAGAGAUACCUCCGUGACACGGCCACCACCACCUAUCAUUCAUGUGGCACCGUGGCCAUGCUUGCCCGGGAGAAAGGAGGCGUGGUGGACGAGCGCCUGCGGGUGUACGGAACCACCAACCUGCGUGUCUGCGAUGCGAGUAUCUUUCCUUUGAUCCCGGCGGCAAAUAUCAUGUCUACCGUGUACGCGGUGGCGGAGAGGGCGGCGGAUAUCAUCAGAGCGGAGGCGUAG